AUGAGGAAAAGGAGAAGAAGUGGGGGAGAGAACAGAGAAAAGGCGAGAGAGGUGCACAGAAGGCAGAGACGAAGAAAAGGAGAAGAAGUGGGGGAGAGAACAGAGAAAAGGCGAGAGAGGCGCGCAGAGGGCAGAGACGAAGAAAAGGAAAAGAAGUGGGGGAGAGAACAGAGAAAAGGCGAGAGAGGCAGAGGGGAGAGAGAAGAAAAGGAGAAGAAGUGGGGAGAGAACAGAGAAAAGCGAGAGGCACAGAGGCAGAGACGAAGAAAAGGAGAAGAAGUGGGGAGAGAACAGAGAAAAGGUGAGAGAGGCAGAGAGGGAAGAGAGAAGAAAAGGAGAAGAAGUGGGGAGAGAACAGAGAAAAGAGAGAGGCACAGAGGGCAGAGAUGA